AUUUAAUUAUUUGGUCGAAAUACGGGCUAGUGUUUUUAUUAAGCUGGAUUUUUAAAUAAUAAUAUUAAUUCAUUUUACACGAAAUAAUUAACAUUUAAAACUAUUGAAUAUAUUUUAAUCGUCGAUUCAUUUCAUUCGGAAUGAAGCUUAAAUAAGUGUUUUGCAGUUCGUUGUAGUUUGUACCGUCAGUCAAAGUACAAAAUUAAUUGGAGCGCGUUUUGCGCUAAGCAGAAUUUUUGUAGGAAAAUGGAAAAAGAAAAUAACACAGUGCCUUCUGAUGAUGUACUAAAACAGUACUUCCCGGAUUUGCCGUCCGGUCCUUUGGAAAAAUUCAGGAAAAGGGCCAGUUUUGAUUGGCGUCGAAUGAAAUUUAUUUAUGAAAAUUUCAACACAAUAAAAUUGAAACAUGAAUACUACACAUUUAUGGAGAACCAUACCUUGUUUCACCACUCUGAUGUCACCCCAAGCCUGGAUGAGCAGAGGCAUAUAGCAACGAAAAGGAUGUAUGCAAUAUACAAUGAAAAUUUUUUACCAUUUGAAAAGAUAGCUGCAGAUCCCAAAUGCUUUCAAGCAGAAUCGGAAGCAUUGUUCAUGUUUGACAGUUCAUUAGCUGUGAAACUUUCGCUCACAUUCCGCAUGCCCAGCAAUGCUAUAACUGGUAGCGGCAGAGACUAUCAUUACCCACUUGUUGAGGCACUGUCCAAAGCGGAGAUUGGUGGAUGUUUCGCUCUCACUGAAGUGUCCCACGGCUCUAAUGCUAAAGGCAUGAGAACGACUGCCACGUAUUUACCAGAGAAGAGGCAGUUUGUGUUUCAUACUCCUGAUUUUGAAGCUGCUAAAUGUUGGGUGGGAUGUUUAGGGAAAUGCGCAACUCACGCCAUUCUUUACGCAAUGUUGGUGUCGAAAGGAACAAACUAUGGUUUGCACUCUUUCGUUGUACCCAUUCGUGAUCCGAAGACCUUAAAACCCUACCCUGGAGUGUUCGUAGGGGACCUGGGCGAAAAGAUCGGACUGAACGGGGUUGAUAAUGGUUUCGUAAUGUUCAACAACUACCAUUUGCCCAAAGAAGUAGCUUUGGACAAGCUUGGGGGCGUAGAUGAUAAUGGCGACUAUAAGACUCCGAUCAGAGACCCUAAAAAGCGACUAGGAGCUUCGCUUGGCAUCCUCUCCGGCGGCAGAGUCCAUAUAACCGGGAUAUCGACCUUCUAUCUGUUGAAAGCUAUCGUGAUUGCUAUUCGGUACUCGGCCGUGAGGAGGCAGUUCGGGCCCGAGGGUUGUGAUGAGGAGACGCCGGUACUGGAGUAUCAGCAGCAGCAAAUAAGACUCCUGCCGUACUUAGCGGCCACGUACGCCAUGAGGAUAUACUCUUCGUGGCUCGGAUACACGCAUAUAAUGAUGACAAUCAACAAAUAUAUGGGCGCGGACGAGGACGCGGGUGCGCGCGGCGCCGAGCUGCACGCGCUGUCGUCGGCCGUGAAGCCGCUGUUCGGCUGGACGGCGCGCGACGGCAUCCAGAACUGCAGGGAGGCCUGCGGGGGACACGGAUACCUUAAGGCGGCGGCGCUGGGCGAGCUGCGCGACGACAACGACGCGAACUGCACGUACGAGGGGGAGAACAGUCUGCUGGUGCAGCAGGCCAGCAACUGGCUGCUGGCGCUGUGGCCGCGCCGACACGCGCCCCCACCGCACCCGCUGCGCUCCCUCGCCUUCCUGGAGGAGGCGGACCGGCUGCUCGCACAGAAGGCUCCCUGGAACACCGUCGACGACAUUAUCGAACCCGCCAACUUGGUGCACACUUACAAGUGGCUGACGGCGUUCAUGCUAAAGAUGACGUAUGAGAAGGUGGAGAGGCUGAGGAGUGAGGGCAGGGACCCUUUGCAGGCCAAGAACGAAUCCCAAUCCUUCAACGCAGUCACCUUAGCUAUCGUCUACGCAGAGAACCACGUCCUGAGCCACUUCUACGAGUCGGCAGCGCAGUUCGCGGAGCCGUCCUGCCGCCGCGUGCUGCUGCGCCUCGUGUCGCUGUACGGAGCCUUCCUCGUGGAGAAGCAUCUGGCCACCCUGUACAUUGGUGGGUUCUACUCCGGCAGCCAGGGUCUGGCCCUGCGCGAAGGGAUCCUGCAGCAAUGCGCCGCGCUGUCGCAUGAGGCCGUGGGCCUGGUGGACACGCUGGCCCCACCGGACUUCUGCCUCAAUUCGGUCCUGGGCCAGUCCGACGGAGAGGCGUACAAGCACAUCCACGCGAGCGUGACGUCACGCCCCGACGCCACGAGCCGGCCCGCGUGGUGGCGCGACGUGGUGGACUGGCAGAAUUAUUUGAAGUCUAAGCUGUAAGAUUUUACUGGUUUUUUGAAGUGAAAACUUCUUUAGAAUCAUUGUGAUUUCAAACCGGAUGCAACGGAAAAAACGACAGGUAAGAGACACAAAUACAAAAAUGUGUAGGA